UCACACUCGCAGCUCUCCGCGGCUUCCCCCCAAGUGAUGGUUGUGUAAGGUCGCAACCCCGCCGUCAGAGCUGACUUGAGAUUUUCAAGAGCGCGCGCAAAACAUCACACAGAGCAUCCACACACCAGUUGCAGCUUGAGAGUCGCGCGUGAUGCAAAUCCAAGUUGUAGUGCUCAUCAUCACAAUUCUGUGGUGUUGCGUUGUAUGCCAAUCAAGUGGGGGUGAGUGCAAAUUUCAUAUUCCACACAAUGGAGCUCAGGGAACGGGGAUCUAUUCUCGUGGCUUCUGCCACUUCCUCGGGGUGCCCUAUGCACGACCCAUAGCUGCACCAUGGCGGGAAUUCCAGGUAGCCGAUGGGGCAAACUUGGAGGAUUAUCCGAUAAAAUUUUGGAAUUUCACUCAACAUGCUGGGAAUUGUACGCAGUAUGAUUUUGAGGAGAGAACAAUUGGUGGCUCUGAUGAUUGCCUCUACCUCAAUGUCUACACACAACCAUGGAUUGAUCCACAAAAUCCCAAAGCAGUGCUUGUGUGGAUACACGGGGGUACCUUUAACUUCGGAUCAGGCUACACUGAUCAUGCUGAUGUGCCGGAUGCAUUUGUAGCCAGCAACAUCACAGUUGUCACCCUCAACUAUCGCCUUGGGGCAAUGGGAUUCCUCUACAGGGUGGACGAAGGAAUCCCCGAGAAUGUUGGGCUGCUGGAUCAACAAGAAGCACUUCGGUGGAUUCAACACAACAUCGGCCAUUUUGGUGGGGAUGCAACACGUGUCACCCUUAUGGGAUGGAGUGCAGGAAGUGCAGCAGUUUCCUACCACCUGUACACCCCCUCAAAUGAAGGACUCUUCCAUGCAGCCAUAAUGAUGAGUGGAUCCUUCCUCAACCCCUGGGCAUACGCACCAUCCCCGCAGGAAUGUCUCGUGAAACUAUGCAAUCAAAUGGGUAUCUCAUGCAACUACCCAGGCUACCUCCGUGAAAUCCUAACAGCUGCAAAAUUGUACAAAAAUCUCCCAUUUUGGAUAACAAUCUCCUUCUUCGGCAUGCCCUAUCCGUGCUUCGUCCCAACGGGGAAACUUCCGCAGAUUGUGGUGAAAAUGAAACCCCCAAUGGAUGUACCCCUCAUGAUUGGCUACACAUCCCAUGAGACACUAAAGCUUGUCGAUUUGAAUUUUAUGGACACCACGGGGUAUGACUACACCUACCCCAAUGCAAAGCAACUCAACACCAUCAUGGAUUAUUUGAAUUUUUCCCUCCCGGAAGCCAAUCAAACGGAUAUCCUCGUGAUGGCUGAUUUAAUUUAUGGCGUUGUGAAAUUCGCAGAGGAAUACUCCAAGACAGCGAAAUCCGAUACAUUCCUCUACAAAUUCUCAAUGCCAAAUGCUGAGUGCCAUGGUGAUGAUUUGCCAUUUAUCUUCAGGGAAAAUAAUGAUGAUGGUGGAUUAAGCAAAAGCAGCAACAAUGCCAAAGAAAUUACAGAAGAAAAUGCAAAUUUAGGCACACAAAUGGUGCGACUCUGGUCAAAUUUCGUUAAAUUCAGGAAUCCUACACCUGUGAAUGAUUCUCUUCUCAAUGUGAAAUGGAAUAAAUUUGCCAUGAAUGAAGGAAAGUUAUUUUUGAAUAUUGCUCAACAACUUCACAUGCAGAAUUUCGUGGAAGAUUCUUCCUUUAGCAUCUGGCAUGGCAUCUAUGAAUGUCUCUACUAUGGGAAUUGCAUUUCUUUACCAAUUUUCGAUACAAUUCCGAAGCAUUAAAUGCGCAUAGCUUUAAGGGGGAGCUUUAUAUGUAUAUUUUGUGAAUUGUAAAGAAAUUUUAAUGCAGAAUAUUUAAUAAAAUGGGCUUUAUAAAUCAUAA